AUGCCACAGUUGCGUGACUUUGGCGAGGCUCUUGAUGAUUGUGUCUUAAAGGUGAUCAAUUAUACAAGGUACAAGUUUACAUGGACAAAUAGAUGGCAAGGAGAAGGGAAUGUAAGAUAUGCGUACUCAUCAUAUAAUUCCUUUGUGUCUGACAAUUUACCUACUUUACUUAUAUUUGGGGUGAGUAAUACAAGAAGAAGACAUCGGCGUUUUACGUUUGAAGAGAUGUGGACUCUUAUUGAUGGUUGUCAAGAAACAAUAACCCAGGCCUGGGGAGGUGAGGUUGGCAUAGUGGUUGACAAGAUUAUGUCAUGUCAGACUUCUUUGCUGUCUUGGAACAUGGUGUAA